UUCCGCCUUCAUGCGUGUAGCCUACACGUGCUUUACUCCAUCAUUACAUCUAUAACUCGGUUUUAGUUUACACAGUUUAGCGAGCCGGCGUUGAUAACGCUAGUGUCAAACCUCCGUGUGUGUUUUACCGGAUAUUAUGCACUUUUAUCUUUAGGAUUAUCAAAACAUUAUUCGUACGUUUCAUAAUUUGAAGACCAAAGAUGUCGGUGUGCAAAACAAUUCUGGCAUACUUCCGCCUCUUCUUCGAUAAACUGAUUGACUUUAUAUUCUCUUUGUACUGGGAUGAUAAAAAGGAGAUUAUACCAGAUUUGGACAAAGAGCACGCCAUGCUAGCGGAGAGUGCUGUCACGCUGGCGAGGAAAAUCAAACAGAAAGAACUGAAGUCUGAAGAACUUGUUAAAGCUGUUAUAGAAAGGAUUAAAUUGGUGAACCCGAUUGUAAAUGCAAUCACAACUGCAAGAUACGAAGAGGCACUUGAGGAUGCAAGAGAAGUAGACCGUCAAAUCUCCCAAGGGUUGUCGGAGGAGCAGGCUAAGAAACCAUUCCUUGGCGUCCCAUUCACAACAAAAGAAUCCCAGGCAAUCAAAGGAAUGCCUAUGACAUUGGGCACGUUGACCAAAAAGAACGAGGUGGCUGUUGAAGACAGUGAGGCGGUGGUCCUCAUGAAAAAAGCCGGAGCAAUACCAUUGGCCGCCACUAACCUGCCGGAAUUGUUGAUAUGGCAGGAGACUCGCAACCCUGUGUACGGCAUGACUCUGAAUCCCCAUCACACGGGCCGCUCCCCUGGAGGCUCCAGCGGAGCUGAGGCAGCCCUCACUGCCACCUACGCUACACCCAUCAGCCUGUGUUCGGACAUAGGCGGUUCUACUCGUAUGCCAGCGUUCUACUGUGGCAUGUUCGGUCAUCACCCCACUGCUGGAAGUACUGACACUACAGGUGUGCUGUUCCGCAAAGGUAAUGACGAAUCAUCCAUGUUUACUUUGGGUUUUAUAUCCAAGCACGUCGAAGACUUGGCACCUCUUACUAAAGUAAUUGCUGGCGACAAAGGCAAAUUGAUGAAACUUGAUUCUCAACGGAAUAUAAAAGAUUUAAAGUUCUAUUAUUUGGAAGGGAGUGAUGAUUGUUUGAUCUGCCCGUUGAGAUCUGAGAUGACACAAGCCAUGGACAGGGUAAUCAAAAACCUGAAAAGCAAAUUGAACGUGGAAGUGCUGCCGUAUCGCCACGAAGGUUUCAAUAACAUGUACCAGCUGUGGGCGUACUGGAUGAGUAAGGAACCGGAGAAAUAUUCCAAAAUAGCCACCAAUGGCAAGGGCGAAGCUGAUGGAUGGAUGGAACUCUUGAAAAAGAUGGUUGGCAUGAGCCAGUACUACCUAUUCUCAAUCAUGCGCUUCAUAGAAGAGAAACAUAUAACGCGCUUAGUUGACGCAAAAUGGGCUGAGGAAGUUACAAAUAGUAUGAAAACUGACUUACGCAAUAAGCUUGGUGACAAUGGAGUUCUGCUUCUGCCGAGCGCCCCGCAGGCAGCUCCAUACCACUACUCUUGCUAUCUCCGACCCUUCAACUUCGGCUUCUUUGGUAUCGUCAACGUUCUCAAAUGUCCAGCGACACAGGUACCCCUGGGCACUAAUGGCCAAGGACUUCCUAUUGGUAUCCAAGUCUUAUCAACACCAUACAAUGACGCUCUUUGCUUGGAGGUCGCAAAAUAUUUAGAAAAAGAAUUCAGUGGAUCUAUCAUGGCGUGUAAGGUAAAACAGAAAUAGAAAUCGCCCAAUUUUUGUACGAACUCGUUCAAACGUCCCAGGAUAACUAGUUUAACGGGGUGUUCAUUGUCGGACACGGUUCUAUUCAUACAAAUUCACUCGGAUCAUUUUUGUUGUUGGAAAUUUUUUCUUCUGAUUUCAUUUUAUGAUUUUGUAUUUCGAUCAUUAACCUAUUCAUUUAAAUUUCUUUAUAAUGUUAACCAGAAUCCUAGUGUAACCCUUUGCUGUCUAGUAGCUAGUAGCUCGUAACGAUAUCCGCACAGUCGGCCAGACAGGGUUGAGCAAGUCAAUUACCUACACAUAAUAGGUAAUAAGUCUAACUCAACCUGCCUACUUUGCAUUAGGUAGAUAAUAUUUAAUAUCUUGUAAUAUAAUCAUGUUGUCUAAUGUGUAAUGUUAAUGUUGCCUAUUUUGAUAAGGUAGGAAAGAACCUACCUACUUCAAACAGCUAUUAAAGAUGAGAAAGCAGAGAACAUAUUAUUUGUAAUAUACUUGCCGACCCGACGGACGUUGUACCGUCAUUGACAGUGUUACCUACUUGGCAUGAGCGGAUAUAGAUGGCUUUCCAUAAAAAAACCAACCAAAUUUUAAGUCUGUGGGUCUUAUGCUUCCAGAGAUAUAUCGAGAGAUACAUAUAUGGAAAUCUCUAACGGCCGUUCCCAAUAUUCAGUCUACCUCUUACUUGAGAUAAAAAUCGUAACUAUCGUUGACUUUUCUGUCCCAAUAAACUUAUCGCCGGUAAUUCACCUUAUACGUACAAUAUAAAUCGUACGUUCAAUUCACGCGUACCAAAAUAAAUCGAUAAGUAUGUCUUAUACAGCUUCAGAUUAUUGACAGCUAAUUACUGACAGUAGAAGGUAGUAAUUUAUCUGUAACUGUACAUAGUACCUAUAUUGGGAACGGUCGUUAGAUUAUACAUAAUUACUUACCUACACGUUUCAUUUUGAAUUUAAGCAACUACGUAGUACUAAUGUAUUUACCUCUUUUUUGUAUAUAACAUCAUUGAUUUACCUCACAGAUUAGUUAUAAGUAGCUAGUAUAAAAAAAUUAUAUGCUUAAAGUAACCGACAGUUUAAUAUAACCUUGCCAUUACAAUGGAUCCAUUAUUGCAUAAAUUAUUAUGCAAAUGAAUUACUAGGUUAUCUAAAUCUUGUAUGAAAAUUGUUUGACUGGGUCCAAACUCUAAAUUCUUGACGUACGGAGUUUUGUAUAAGUACCUACCAAUUUUUUAUAACGAUAAGUUGGAUGUUAAGAGUAUAUUAUUUGUAUAUGAUCAUAAAUAGCGUAUUAUAUUUUAGUUUUUAUACUUAUGUGAUUUUGUUAUCUGAAUAAACAAUAUAUUUAUUUACCUA